AUAAAAUUAAAUUAAAAUUUUUAAGAAUUUUAACAUUAUAAGCAACUUAUACCAUUGUCCAAACACUUUUUUUUUGGAAAGUUGAGAGUCCUACAUUUGACCUUGAAUAACAUAUGACGCGAUUUUGAUUUUCUUAGGGACUCAUGAGAAGUGAAAUUCUGUGUCCCCACCAAUCAUAAAAAAUCAAGAAAUAAUUUUGCUGACCCACUGACCAAUUUCACAUACCUGCACCGAUCGACACUAAUGACCGCUUCCUUCAAAUAUUGCGAAAGAGCCAUUACUGACAUUUCUGCUCAUAGUUACAUAAAUGUGAUAAAAUAAGUUUGGUUUCAUACAGUUGUUGAAGGAAAAGUGAUCAAAGUGUAGCGAAAGCCUGCUUCCGUUAAUACAAAGCUUUAUUGGGUUUCAUGUGAAGAUAGGUUCAUUAUUAUCGUAAAUUGCCUUAAUUUCUUUCUCAUUCGUCAACUAUAGGAGUGUUAAAAUUUUCUAAAAGCUGUCUGGCACUAUAUAUUCAUAUGUCCACGAUAAUAUUAUUUUGUCUAGCUCGUAAAAUGUUUCAUUCUUCCGUUCUCAAAACAUCAAAUUAUUUUUGUCUCCUACAAGUCUAUUUAUAUGUGUUUUUUAUAGAUUCUGUAAAAAACCCAAACACUUUUGUUGUAUAUAGAAAAAUUUCUAGCGAAUGGAAUUUUGGCAUUUAGGCCAGCCAACAUCUUGAGGCGAGUUCCUAAGUACCAAUCAAGCUUUUCCAUGCGACUGUAAACAAAAGACUUCUCAGUCGUUUUUCUCCAUUCUCCUGAAUAAGAUCAAUCGACUACAAUCGCUCGUCAAUUUUUUGUUGUUGUUUUUAUUAAUAGAAAGUAAAAUAGAAAAGAUGAAUAAAAAUUAAAAAUAUUUUUUUUUUAUUUUUGUUUGAUAAAACGUUUUUUCAAGAUGAAAAUUAAAAGUUUGUUUCCAUUCAUUGUCAUUUUUGUGACGUCAUUUGGUACGGCCGUGACUUACUCAAAUUAUCAGACAGAAUCCGAUGGUAUUCGAAUUGGUUUGAUUGCCGACCAAAAUGUCCAAGAGAUGUCAACGGUUUUUGAAAGUUCAAUAGCAAGGGCGAAUCUUGAUUUGACUGUACCCCUUGUGGGCGUGAUCGAUGAGGUGGCAUUUGGAAAUGCAUAUGAGGCAUCUCAAAAGCUAUGCAACAUGAUGACGACUGGUCUUGGUGGAGUUUUUGGAACAACUUCAAAAAGUUCCGCCUUGCAUAUGAUGAAUGUGUGUGAUUCAAAGGAAGUUCCAUACAUUUAUUCGCACAAGGAAUUCGAUCCAAAUAGAGCUGUCAUAAAUUUACAUCCUUUACCAAAUGAUAUUGCUAGAUGUUUGUAUGAUCUUAUCAAAGUUUUUGAAUGGAAAAUUUUUACUUUUCUUUAUGAGUCAGGAGAGUAUCUUCCUAUUUUAAAUGGUUUAGUGGAAUUGUAUGCUGAAGAAGAUGGUCCGUUUAUAUCGGUACGUCGAUAUGGCUUAGAACCAGAUGGAGAUUAUAGAAAUGUACUGCGAAGAAUACGAAAAUCACAGGAUAAUCUUAUUGUUAUAGUUGGAUCAAAGGAAACGCUUCCAGAAGUCUUGGCGCAGGCACAACAAACUGGAAUGAUUACCGAAGAUUAUAAAUACAUAAUUGGAAACUUAGAUCUACAGACUAUCGACUUGGAAGAAUUUAAAUACAGUGAAGCAAACAUCACUGGUAUAAGAAUGUUUUCACCAGAUCAGCCUGAAGUAAAACUAUUGAUAACUGCUUUAGGAUAUCCAGAAGAUGAUAUUGACAGAAACGUUUCUUGCCCUAUAACUCUUGAAAUGGCACUACUUUAUGAUGCAGUCAGGCUUUUUGCUGAAGGCACAAAGUCAAUAGAACUCAAAUCAGCGCCAUUAAAUUGUGAUGAUAAAGAAGUUUUGGAUAAUGGAUACACUUUUUCAAAUUAUUUGGCUUUGAGUGAAAUAGAAGGUCUAACAGGAAAAAUCCUUUUUAAUGGGCGUCGACGUACAAAUUACACAUUUGAAAUCAUUGAAUUAACAGCGGCUGGUCUGGCAACAAUUGGUCACUGGAGUACACAUCAAAGUCUAAGGUUCAGUAGAUAUGCGGCUUCUAACGUUGUCAUAGACACUGGCGAAUUGACUUUGGUUAACAAAACGUUUGCAGUUCUUUUGGCCUUGAAUGCACCAUAUGCAAUGCUUAAACAGUCAACAGAUAAACUAAAUGGAAAUGAUCGUUAUGAAGGAUUUGGAGUUGAUCUUAUAAAAGAAUUGGCCGAGAAACUGGGAUUUAAUUUUACGUUUAAGAUUCAUGUUCAUGAUAAUUAUGGAUUCUAUGAUACAAAAACAAAUAUUUCAACGGGAAUGGUCCACGAAAUUAUGGUUGGGAAUGCUGACUUGGGUGUAACUGAUUUAACAAUAACAUCUGAACGUGAAGCUGGAGUUGAUUUUACUAUUCCAUUCAUGAAUUUAGGAAUUUCAAUUCUCUACAAAAAACCACGAAAAGAUCCACCAAAAUUGUUCUCCUUUAUGGACCCAUUUUCAGGCGAAGUUUGGGUCUAUUUGGGAAUCGCCUACUUUGGAGUGUCCCUAAGUCUAUUUAUUCUUGGUCGAAUAUCACCAUAUGAAUGGGAGAAUCCUUACCCAUGUAUAGAAGAACCCACAGAAUUAGAAAACCAAUUGAGCUUGGGCAACUCACUUUGGUUUACAACUGGAUCUUUACUUCAACAAGGAUCAGAAAUUGCACCAAAGGCUUUAUCGACACGACUCGUGGCAUGUGUUUUAUGGCUAUUUACGCUUAUUGUUGUUUCAUCUUACACAGCCAAUUUGGCAGCUUGUUUGACAAUUGAAACCCCAAUUAGUCUUAUUGAUGAUGUUCAAGAUCUUGCAAUGGAAAAAGGUGGUGUCAAGUAUGGAGCUAAGCGAAAGGGAAGCACUAGAAAUUUUUUUGAAUACUCUGAAGAAGAUCCUUACAAAAAAAUGAACAAGUUCAUGACUAAAAACUCAAAAUAUUUGACCAGUACAAAUGAUGAAGGAGUUCAAAAAGUUCUUACCGAAAACUAUGCAUUUUUGAUGGAAUCAACAACAAUCGAAUACAAUGUUGCUAGAAAUUGUAAUUUAACUCAAGUCGGAAAGUUGUUGGAUGAAAAAAGUUAUGGCGUUGCAAUGAGAAAGAAUUGGCCCUAUCGUGAUAAACUUAAUAAUGCUCUUCUCCAGCUUCAAGAAUCUGGAGUUUUAUCUAAAAUGAAAUCAAAAUGGUGGAAUGAAGUGGGAACAGCUGGUUGUACUAAAAAGAAAGAAGCAAAUGAAGCUGCAAAAUUGGGUAUGCCAAAUGUUGGUGGAAUUUAUUUUGUUCUCUUAGUUGGAAGUUUGGUAGCAGCAGCUUGCAGCAUUUUGGAUUGGCUAUUCUUUGUGUUUAGAAAAGCUCGUCAUCAUGGAGUUCCUUUUAAAGAUGCUCUUAAGGAAGAAUUCGGAGUUGUUGUAGAAUUUUCUAAUGAUACAAAAAUUGUUCAAAGCACUGGUUCAAUUUAUUCAAGACAUUCGUCAUUUGCAAUUGAAGCAAGGGGACUUCAAAGAAAAUUGGAAAGAACUGAUGAAAUAGAAUUUGAGAAUUAGAUUAAGAAUUUUAAGAUACCUACUUUUCUUUUUGUGAAUAAAUGUUGUGUGAAUUUUGUAGAAAGAUACUUUUAAGUAAAGUUAAAAAGAAAUAAAAUAUAUUUUUAAAUUAAA